UCAGCGCUUCGAAAAUUAGACCACUCACCAGGUGUAUGAAACUCAAAAUGAUGGUUCUCGAAAAUGGCAACAAUUUCUCUUGACAAACACGGAACAUCUCAUACACACCCACCUUGAGCGCAUCCCAAGUACUCAAGCUUGAGCCACUCACUCACCCUCUCACUCUGUCACCAGUUCAAAAUGGACCCUCUGGACGAACUGCUCCGGUGGGCAGAGCCCAAGGGCGUUGCACUAAACGGCAUAAGACCACAGCGACUUCCCGGUCGCGGCGUAGGCGUCAUUGCCACGAAAGCACUCCAGCCCGAUGAGGUCGUCCUCGAAGUCCCCAUCUCCUGCUUGCGCAGCAUAGGAACUGUCCCCCACUCCAUCACCAGAAAAUUACCCAAAUCACUCCCCAUCCACGGCCUCCUAGCCGCGGACCUCGCCCUCGACUCCUCUCCCUCUGAAAUCUACGCCCCUUGGAACGCCGUCUGCCCCACCCCUUUCGAUCUAUCCUCCAUGCCCCUCCUCUGGCCCUCCGCCCUGCAGGCCUACCUCCCAGGCACCGCGAAGUCCAUCCUCUCCAAGCAGCGCGCCAAGUUCGUCCGCGACUGGGCCGCCGUCUCAGCUGCGUUUCCGGAUCUGGACGAGGAGACGUACCGGCACGCCUGGCUACUCGUAAACACGCGCACGUUCUACUAUCUUAACCCCAAGCUGCGGCGGCGGAGGAAAGAGGAUCGCAUGGUACUGCAGCCUGUGGCAGAUUUGUUCAACCAUGCGGAAACGGGGUGCAACGCCGCAUUCAGUGCUGUGAGUUUUGUCGUGCGCGCCGAUCGGGCGUAUGAGCAAGGGGAGGAGGUGCGGAUUUGCUACGGGAGACACGGGGGAGAUUUUCUGGCGGUUGAGUAUGGGUUUGUCAUGGCGGAGAAUCGGUGGGACGAAGUUGGACUGGAUGAGGUGGUGAUGUCAAGGUUGAGCGAGAAGUGGAGGGAGAGGUUGGAGGAGGUGUCGUUUCUGGGGGGUUAUGUGCUGGAUAGGGAGACAGUGUGUCAUCGGACGCAGGUUGCGCUGAGGGCGCUGUGUUGUGAAAUCAGGGAGUGGAAGAGAUUUGUUGAUGGGGAGGAUGAUGGAGACGGGAGUCAGGCAAAGGUGGAUAAGCUUCUUGUGGAGAUGUUGGAGGCGUAUAGGGUGAAGAUUGGUGAAGUGGUAUGCGAAGUCCAGGGUCUGAAGGAGGGGGAGCAAGAGCAGAGGACGAUGCUUGUCGAACGGUGGAGACAGGUUGAUCGGCUUGUGGAGAUGAGUAUCAUGAGGCUUCGAAGUCCGAGAGUUGAGAAUGAAGCCAAUUAGACUCAAUUGCUUCAUGGCAAAGGCAAUAGUAAUGUGUUGUUGUGUGGCAUCUCUUAUGUCAAAUUUCUCGUUAGUACACUUCUUUGCCAUGCGCCCAUUUGACCACAUGACCAGGCUACAGGCUACUUGCAAUUUUGAAAUGACUAUUG